AUGGGCCUGUCUCUUGGAUUUGAUUUUUACUUCUUGAUUCGCUGCAUCGCGCAUCUACGCCAACAAGAACCUGAGAUCAAGGAGAACGAGUCCGACGAGGCGGAGGGCGUGAACGAGGAGCACUUGGAGCGUCUUAUUGCUCUAGAGGACGGCGACGACGAGCCUGACUACGAGUGGGAGAAGCUCAAGUUCAGCGUGCUGGUGAAGUCUGGCGAGCGCUAUCUGCAAGUGCGGCUGGGCCCUUUGGUCUUUUUGGACUCGUGCAACAUCUUUCCCGCGAGCUUGGACGCGCUGAUUGCAGAUCUUCGCAACACCGAGAAGGAUCCUGCAAAGGCCUUCCCCUUGCUGGCCGAACGCCACCCUCUCUUCGCCAAUGCCGAGCUCUUCAAGGAGGAGGCGCGCCUGGCGCAUCCUGUCUUUGCGAAGAUGUGGAAGCAGAACCGCACCUUCUACCGCGAACAGGUAUGGAAUCUACUUCUGAAGAAGAUCCCGAUGCCGUUUGAGCGCAUGGCUGGUCCCGAGUGCUGGGAGAUGGACCCUGUGAUGCCUGACCGGAGCUACUACAAUAGCCGCCUCACCGGAGAGGUCUGCAGCGAGGCUAAGUAUGAAGAGAUACAGAAGAUCGUCGACUUCUUUGACUUCAAGACGUUCGGAGAGUUCCACGACGCGUAUCUGCAUACUGAUAUGGCUUUAGCAGACGUGAUAGAGGCGUAUCGCGAGGCUUUCUUUGGACACUAUGGCCUGGAUCCGGCGCACUAUGUCACGGGGGCAUCGGCGGCUUGGGAUGCUAUGUUGAAAAGCUGUACUGGCAAAGAUCGCCCGCUGCAACUCGUCCGCGAUGAGGGUAUCUACAGGAUCAUCCGCGAGAGCGUGCGUGGAGGAUUGUCGAAUCCUUUUCAACCAUACGCCAAAGCCAAUAAUGUGGGUAUAGGCGAAGACUUCAACGAGAGCGAACCCACCUCCCACCUGAAGAAGUUUGACGUCAACUCCCAGUAUCCGACGGUCAUGUCUCGACCUCUUCCAAUGGACGGCGGCGAGUGGGUGCAACUACAGCCGAGCAAGAAGCAGCGCCUGAAACAGCUCUACGACCUGCUGGAGGCGACGGACUACAACGCGGAGGACUACGCAGAGACUUACCUGGUCAAGGUCUCCUACUACGUUCCUUGCGAAGCUCACGACUUCAUCGACUGGGCUCCCCCGGCUCGGAUGAGCGUGCAGAGUGCUGAGUUGAGCGAGUACUCCAAGGUGUUGAUGCGGAAUCGCGGCUUGCUAAAGGCGCCCGGCAACCCGAAGUUGAUGCCGUUCCUCGGCUUCCACAGAGAGGAGAGCUUACAACUUCGCUUGCUCAAGUUCUACAUGGAGACUAUGCGGAUCAGAAUCUGCGAGGUCUACGUGAUCAUCCGGUUCGACUGCAAGGCCUUCAUGAAACCGUUCAUCGAAAAAUGCUAUACUCAACGUUUGCAGCUUAGAAGAGCCGGGCGCAAACUUCAGGACAAGGUGGUGAAAACUACUAUGUGUGUGCAGUUCGGCAAGAGCGUUCAGAACCAGGAGGCCUUCCGGAAUGCCGACGUCUUCACCGAUCGAGCACUCUACGAGAAGCAACUGGCGGGGGAGCGAACGGUCGACUACCACUCCUACCCCUCUUCGGCUGGUUUCCUCGGUCUGGUGUACACUACGAAGGCUAAGCCCGCGCUGCUGAAGUCCGUCCCUCAGAUUGGCACCUUCGUGCUGGAUGAGGCUCGCUUGGACAUUACGAAGUACCACUACGCCUUGCGCAAAAUCUUCGAUGGUCAAGCGAACAAACCCGUGGACCCUUCCUACUCGCUGAGCGAGCGGUCUGCCGUGCGCGCCAUCUACACCGACACUGACAGCGACAUCGUCCACAUCUUUUCGGAGGUGGACCCUGCUGUGAAGCUUGCUGAGGGGAACCUCAAGGGCGACAGCCCCUGUUUCUGGGAUGUGGGCGGCGAUGUCAAAGAGGCCGAAAAGUACCUGCUGGCUUUGGGCGCCUGUCCUGAGGCGGCGAAGCUUGCUGCUGAGCGAAGGGGUGAACUGGGAGGCUUUGGAGAUGAAGGAGCUCCCCUGUGCAUCGUGGAGGUCGUUGCCCUCGGACCGAAGUGCUACAGCGAGUGGCAGACCGACGCCGCGAAGUUCUACCGCAAGUUCAAGGCUAAGGGCUUCUCCAAACAACAGCGAAAGCAGAUGACGCACGAGGCUUACCGGCGAGUUUGGAUGGAGGGCAAACCUGGUGCUCCGUCGAUUUCAUAUCGCUUCGAGUCCAAGAACCACGUGAUGAACUUGGUCAAGGUGCAGGAGAUAGGCCUCAGCCCCUUCACCGACAAAGUGUGGCAGCUGGAUCGGUGCAACAGCCGCCCGCACGGGCAUUGGCGCAAUAUGCCGGAGCCCUGCGUGAGUCUUUGUCUCUUGGCCUUCGGUUUGCAUGAGAGUGGACGGAGUCUGCCGGCCUGCUUCGUGGACAAGGUGCUCAGCUUUCUUGUCGCUGACGCGGGGUACUUGGCCCUGGAGAUGCGAGGUGGAAGCUUCAAAGGAGUCCUCUUCACAGAGCUGGCGGACCUACUGGGAAAUUUGCUCUUCGAUCAGCCGCCGUCCUGGCUGCUCGCAGUUCUCUGCUUUGAAUGGGGAACUGUCUUUGUCUUUCACCCUGUCUCGGUUCAGCGCCUCGCUUGGCAUUACGUUGCAUGGUUCUCAGUCCACUUGCAACUGGUGCAUCGGCUCCGGAGGUCACCCGGGCGGAUGGCCGCGUGGUUCGCGCCGAGUGGACCAUUUCUCUGGCAUUGGCAAAAGAAGGCAAGCAACUUGGUACGAUUGUCGCUUUGCAGCAGAG